AUGAGCAACCACUCAACAGUGACUGAAUUUAUUCUGCUGGGAUUCAGCAACCAUCCAGAGCUACAGUGCCUUCUCUUCAUGGUGUUUCUAGUCGCCUAUAUCGUCACAGUGUUUGGAAAUCUUGGCAUGAUCCUAUUAAUCAAGAUAAACUCACGGCUCCACACCCCGAUGUACUUUUUUCUCAGUAACUUGUCCCUUGUGGACUUCUGUUAUUCUUCUGUCAUUGCCCCUAAGAUGCUGGUGAAUUUCUGGGUGGAGAGCCCCGUCAUUUCGUUUAAUGAAUGUGCCGCGCAGUUCUUCUUUUUUGGUUCCUUUGCUGGCAUCGAAGGCUUCCUGCUGGCUGUGAUGGCCUAUGACCGGUACGUGGCCAUCUGCAAGCCUCUCCUUUACACAGCCACGAUGUCCCCCCAUCUUAAUGUCCUUCUGGUACUGGCCACAUAUCUUGCAGGCUUUGUGAAUGCCUCCAUCCACACUGGCUUCACCUUCCAACUGUCCUUCUGCCACUCAAAUGUCAUCAACCACUUUUUCUGUGACACUCCACCCCUCCUGAAGCUCUCUUGUUCCGACACGCGUGUCAAUGAGGUGGUCAUUUUUGCUUUUGCCAGUUUGAAUGAACUGAGCUGCCUUCUGGCCAUUCUCGUCUCCUAUCUCCACAUCCUAGUUGCCAUCUUGAGGAUCCGUUCGGCCGAGGGGAGGCACAGGGCCUUCUCCACCUGCGCGUCCCACCUGAUGGCUGUCACCAUCUUCUUUGGCACCAUCCUGUUCAUGUAUCUGCGCCCCAGCUCCAGCUACUCAAUGGAUCAGGACAAAGUGGUGUCUGUGUUUUAUACGUUGGUCAUUCCCAUGUUAAAUCCUCUCAUCUACAGUCUGAGGAACAAAGAGGUCAAAGCUUCUUUAGGCAACAUUUUUAAAACACCCUCUUUUUGCUUCUGUGCUUAG